GAACAAAUGACUUGUUUCGUUACCAUAUUUUGAAUGAGUGUCGAACGUAGUGUCCUGAAGAAACGUCUAGAGCGCAGGCUUGACCGUUUAACUAGAAGCUGUCAACAUGCAACUCAGGAGCUAUCAUUUCUUCUUAGAGAUUUCACAAAGUAUAUUGAGCGGCAUAUUGAUAAUUCCCCAUCGGAUUUUUCUACUAGUGAUAGGAUGUCAAAUAUGGUCUUAGUAUCCGAAAUAAUAAUUGAAGAUCUUUUUGAUCUAUUGUCUAAGUAUCAUCAUGCAUCAGAGAACAUCCUGAAGACGUGCACGCAAGCGCACCAACCAGUAAGGUUUUUUUUUCAUUUUGAUAGAAUAAACAGUAAUUUCACAUAUAAGUAGAACUUUUUAGGUCCAGCAUGUAUAGAUGAAAGUGGUCGUCAAAUUCCCAUAGGCGAAAGUUCAAUUAAAUUCAAAUUUUACUGAAGUCCUUAAUCCCAUCAUUGAAAUAAAAUUGUGUAAUUUUAGGCGAAAUUUGAGGACAGUUGUGUUGGAAAUCUUAAGGAUAUGUAGCCGAAAUUCUAUAAUUCAUCCGGGCGUGGGAUUUUUAUCGAAAUAAUCAGCAGACCCACGCAACAUUUUCACGUAUAUUGCGAAAACGCUGUGAAUCACUGAUAGAAAAUUCUAGAGUGAUUACUACAUUUUGAUUGUCGUCCUAGAAUUUACCUACGUCUGUGAUUUUUCUUUCACAAUUAAUUGUCCUAGGUCCAGGACUUUUGUUGAAGUGACUUCCCUGCGAAAUCUCGAAAUGUUGAGUGAUUCUGGGAUUUCUACCCACAAUAGUUGCAGAAUAUGCCGUUAAUCAACUCUCAGAACUGACCGAUGAUCUGAACAGAAAUCCCGUUUUCUAAAAAUUUCCAUAUUUGUCGAAACUUAAUUUUCCCAUAGUUACUACAGUCAAAAUUAGCCUAAGCUCAUAACAUACUUGUUUAUUACCACCUACCAAACUGUUUCUCACCAAACAAACUGACAUCGCCCAGUUAAAUGUCACGAAAAUAGUCUUUCUAAUCACUCUAGAAUUUUCUGCCAGUGAUUUACAGCAUCCUCGCAAGGUAUGUGAAAAUGUUGCGUAGCUUUGCUGAUUAUUUUGGUAAAAAUCCCAAACCUGGGAUGCAUGUUUUACUACAUCAUUAUUUCAACUCUUUCUGAAGUUUGGUUACGUCAUUUUUAUUUUUCAUUAAUUCAUAACUUACUGAUUUCACCUCAAAUCAUUAUUAUCAUUAAUCGUGUUUGUGAUAGUUUAGUUGGUUCUACUUAACUAAACUAACGAUAGCCAUAUUUUGACACCAUUUUAACAAAAUUUAUCCUAAGCUCUAGUAGAUGUACAUCUUACGAAUGACUUAAAAUGCAUUUAAGAUCUCAUAAUUGGAUCCCAUAUAUUUUAUUUUGGGUAAAAAAUGCCUAGAGGCUCCCAGUCCUGUUGUAUGGUUUCGAAUUAUAAUAUGGUAAACAUUAAUCUACUGAAGGAAUCAAAAUAAACGAAUAUAAUGCGGAUCAACAAAUGAACUUCAGUGAUAAGAUUUAGCCGAUUCAUGAAUGCUCGUAAGAGUUAUUGAUGUAAACACUUGAAUAUGCUGAAAGCAUGGACACAAUAUAAGUAGGUCUUUUACCUAAUAAAAUAUAAAAUUCACUCAGUACCUGGGUAUGAGACACACUAUGUGCGAACUAAUGAUACUAGACGGUUGCCUAAAACGAAAUAAGUAGGGUGGAGUUCAAACUUGGGACUCACUGGCUGGACGUCAAACACCCUAACCACUAAGCCACCGAUUCACUCAUCUAAUAAAAUAAUAUAUUUGUGGGCGAAACGUUAACAGAAAUAGACAAUUACCCUAAUACAGCGGAGGGUGAGAUGAGUCAGCUCUCCCACUCGAAAUCAGUCAGCAACGAUGUAGAACUUCGUACGUACGUACAUCAGUUCUAGUUGCCAUACCCUCUCACAAUGCUCUCACAUGGCCAUGUGUAUACAACCACUGCCAGGGAAGUCCUACUCACUGCCUUCUCGCUGCGAGGGUGUUGUUUACGAAAUCGAGAGGAAAAAAGGCGAAUAUCCUGCACUUUAACCGGGUUGGUGGAUAUGGAGAGUCUACCUAGGGGAGUUGGAAAAUCCUGAUUCCGAACCGGUAGUGCAUAUGGGCUACAGUAUCCUGAGGGAACAAAUGGCGUAUGAACCCAUUGUUGGUCACCGGCUACCAUGGGUCUGCAUCUCUUGACGUUGCUCCACUGCCUUGUGGAUCAGACCUUCAGGUCGAAGGCUCUAGGUGUGGCCUCCCUAAGAAAAACACAUGCUCCGGUCUAGGCAUCCGAGCAGUACCACAGCCCACACACAAAUCAAGUGACUUGUGUAGUGAAUAUGUAUUCGGUGCCCCAUUUGUACCAGUAUUUAUGUUCAACUAAAUAGGAUAGGAAAUGUCAACCUCUCAGGUUACGUACUUAGCAAUAACUGUUAGGCUUAGUUCCCUCCAAUUACAUAAGUUAGUUUUUAGAUUAACGACUAGGUAGUCAAGUCGAAAGCACUUUCCUUUGUCUUCAUAGCUUAUGUGUCCUGGCACCAAGCGGUAGAUAAAACCUGGGAUGUCAGUCUUCGAUUUUUGUACGUAAGAAUUGUUAGGACGGUAGAAUUUAUCACAGCUUUAUGUCAUCAUAUUCCUUGUUGUUAGAAGUCCGAUAACCGAUCUCUGAAUUAAAAUGAUCAUAAUACGUUUCGCCUUUCUAAUGGUAGUUUGGGUAUUUCGAUUUAUGGACAAGAUUUACUAUCUUCUGAGGAUAUUUUUUUCAACGCUGCAAAUCUAGGCUACCAUCAGCCUGUUUUUAAUGUUCAUUUAAAGCGGUAUUUAACUGAAAAUUGAUUUUUCCAAGAUUGAUUCUUCAGAUAUCAGCUCACUGUGUAAUUAUGACCUCAACAAAGAUUCUGUUGGAAAGUGCUUGGAUCAACCGCUUGACGAAAAAUACUUCAUAGAACAUUUAUAUAGCCGUACGCGACUCCUUUACAUGCUAGAAACAAGCUUUGGAUUGCAGGAAGCCGGUCUUAUAUCUCAAAUUUCGUAUCUGAAAGGGAUAUGUACAACAAGGGGAGAAAUAUCACCAGAUAUCACCGAAGAAUAUUUAAGGGAGCUAGAAGUAGAAUGUACCAAAUUAGCCUCAGAAUUAGCUACUUUAAAUCAGCUGGAGGUUAUUCAAGUUCAAUCAAGAAAUAAAUUGGUUGAAAAGCAGAACCAAUUAAAACAUAUGAAUGAUAAGGCUGUUAUGAUUCUACGUAAAGAAACAGAAAAGGAUGACAAACGGGAGGCGUACCAUACACAAAAAAUAGAUCAAUAAUGACAACCAAGUAUUAUCGACUUUGAUGCUUCAUUUACACUGAUCAGCAGUCAGAUUUAAAGAAAAGUGCUAGAUAUCAAUUAGUCAACAACUUAAAGUUUCAACACAAUCUGUACCGUAGAAUUAGAUUCCUUUAACUAAUAAAUGUAACUAGCUUGGUUGAAGGGAUUCUUCGUCAAGAAAAUUCAUGGUUAAGAUUUUUGACAAAUAUAGUUGAUUUAGAACAUGAUUCUUGUAAACAAGCCUUAAAAGAAUUGAUUUCUAUUUCCCAAUCACUUCAUACUCUCAAGGAUUAUAGUGUCCAGCUUCUUGAGAAAUCAGCAAGCUUAUAUCAAUCAGACGAUCUGAUAGAAUGUGAUGAAUCAGUUAGGAAUGAUGUCUCAAAACAUUUCGAAGAUGCUGUUAUUCAUCUGCUACUAACCUCCCCAUUGCCAUCUGAGCUUUCUGAAAAGCUUAAAACAACCGAAAAUCGUUCAGAAACCAUCCUUGAUAUUCUACGUUCUCUAAAAUCUAGGUUGGUAUCAUCCCAAGAUUCCAUUAAGAUUGAAUCAGAGCAACUGGAUAAAUAUAUACAGCAAAUUCGUAAACAAUUACUUGGUUUGAAAGAAACAUUCGACCUUCCGGAUUCACUUAUUUCAUGCGAUACACCUUCUCAUCUUGAACAACUGAAUCCCGAUCGUAUUCGUUUUUCUUGGAGAGGUCUUUGUUCUACAGAACUUACAGAUUUAUUCGUUAAUACUUGUAAAGAUAUAAAUGGUUUAGUUGAACAAUUGGAUCGCCUGGAACUGGAAGCAGAUAUUACUUUUCCUCAUAUAUAGUUGUCUUAUGUAUAGAUUUACUUGUGUACGAAAUAAAACAAGCUUUUUCAUCCCAGUUUAUUUCGAUCACUUCAUGCAAAGAAACUGUAAGCAACUUUAUCAACUAACUAGAUAGGUGUUUUGGUACACGCAGAUUAUUUCGGAACGAUUGAAACUAUUUUUUUGUAAUAUGGUCAGAGUUGUCAUUGUGAACCUUUUUAUUGUGACUAAGUGGUACUAUGCUGACCUGAAAUUACUGGGUUCAAUCCCUUGAGUUGGUAGUCCAAACUUCCGGUAAGGUUCAAUAUACUCGACGAUUCUGAACAUUUCAGUUGAUUGUAGAUCAUUAUGAAAACCUUGGACGAAGGGCAAAAGAUUGAGUAGCUUUUAAGCCUACAAUGCCUCCAAAUGUCCUCCUAUGGCCAAGAGUGAGGAGGGCCACCUUUCCUCUCGAAAUGCUCUCACACGGCCACGCGUAUACAGCCUCUGCCAGGGAAGUCCUACUCACUGC